AACAAAUCUAAAACCCCACCCUUCUUUUUUCAUUUUAUAAUUUAUUACAUUUAUAUAUAUAUAUAUGACCCAAUCAGGACGAAGAUUUCAACUUUUAUUUCAACUUACAUUAGCUCCAUUUCUCUCUCUGUCUCUCUCUCCAUCUGUUUCUUCUUUUUCAGGUUUUGCUUUUAUCCAUCACCCAUUAACACCUCUCUACAAUGGCUCUUUUCUGUUCCCAAUCUAUUGGUUCAUGUUUAACUAUUCUUUGCCUGGUUUUGGUCCAAUGCCGCUCAGCUUUGAUACUGAGCAUGAAGAAGCACCACCACAGCUACCACCACCACAGAACAGCUCCAAUGUUCCAAACCAACCAAAGCAAUUGUGCUUUGUUUGCAGGCACUUGGGUCCAAGAUGAAGAUUACCCAAUGUACCAAUCUUCUGAGUGUCCAUUAAUCAUAGACCCUGAGUUCAACUGUCAAAUGUACGGCCGCCCAGACACUGGCUACCUCAAGUACAGAUGGAGACCCCUCAAUUGUGAGCUCCCAAGGUUCAAUGGGCUUGAGUUUUUGGACAAAAUGAGAGGGAAAACAGUGAUGUUUGUAGGUGACUCGCUUGGGAGGAAUCAAUGGGAGUCUUUGGUUUGCUUGAUUUACUCUGCAGCUCCUCAAACCCAGACACAAAUGGUCAAGGGAGAUCCACUCUCAACAUUUAGCUUCUUGGACUACGGUGUGACAAUACAAUUCUAUCGAGCUCCAUAUCUGGUCGACAUAGAUAUGAUGCAAGGAAAGAGAGUUCUAAGGCUUGAGGACAUUUCCGAGAACAGCAAGGCGUGGCGGAACGCCGAUGUGCUGUCAUUUAACACCGGUCACUGGUGGAGCCACAAUGGAGGUCUCCAGGGGUGGGAUUACAUGGAAUCAGGAGGAAAAUAUUACCGAGAUAUGGAUCGUUUGGCUGCUUUGGAGAAAGGGAUGAGAACAUGGGCUAAUUGGGUCGACUCAAACAUCGACACCACAAGGACCCGAGUUUUCUUCCUUUCCAUAUCUCCCACACACUACAACCCAAAUGAAUGGAAUGGGGGAGCAACUCCUACAACCACCAAGAACUGCUAUGGGGAAACAGCGCCAAUGACAAUAAGUGGAGUAACAUAUCCAGGGACAACAUAUCCAGACCAAAUCAGAGUGGUGGACAAUGUGAUCAGGGGCAUGAGCAACCCUGCAUCUUUGCUAGACAUCACAAUGCUUUCAGAGCUUAGAAAAGAUGGGCACCCUUCAAUCUACAGUGGGGAUUUGAGCCCUCAGGAGAGAGCCAAUCCUGAACACUCAGCAGAUUGUAGCCACUGGUGCCUUCCUGGACUGCCAGACACUUGGAACCAGCUCUUUUACACAGCUUUGCUCUAUUAACAAGUUUAUAUAGGUUUUUUUUAUAUAUUGUGAUACGUUUGAUGAGAGGGUGCAAAAUUGCAGCUCUUUGCCUUAGCUAGUAAUCUGUAAAGUAAUGCUAAAUAUAUAUUGUUAGUGCAAGGACAAAUAAGGUUCUUGUUUCCUCAUUAGUUUUCCAGUUGUGGAAGACUCAUUAAUUUUUUAGAUAAUGAAGAGUCUUUAAUUGUUCUA